GCGGCUGUCGGGUGGCGGGCUUGGGCGGACAUGGCGCUGCAGUUCGGCGGGGCGGGCGGGCCAGGCACAGCUGAGGAACCGGCGUUGGUGGGGGGGAGCUUCGGGGCUGCGGAUUCGUUCCCCAAGGACUUCGGCUACGGGGAGGAGGAGGAGGAGGCGGAGCUGGAGGGAGGCCCAGGGCCCGGUGGGCCCGGGGGCGGCGCGGGCGGGCCUGGCGGCGGCGCGGGCGGGGCAGACUCCAAGCCGCGGAUUCUGCUCAUGGGGCUGCGGCGCAGCGGGAAGUCUUCCAUCCAGAAGGUGGUGUUUCACAAAAUGUCUCCCAAUGAGACUCUGUUCUUGGAAAGUACCAACAAAAUCUACAAGGAUGAUAUUUCCAACAGUUCAUUUGUGAACUUCCAGAUAUGGGAUUUUCCUGGACAGAUGGACUUUUUUGAUCCAACAUUUGAUUAUGAGAUGAUCUUCAGAGGAACAGGUGCUCUAAUAUAUGUUAUUGAUGCCCAGGAUGACUACAUGGAAGCUUUAACAAGACUCCACAUUACAGUUUCAAAAGCCUACAAGGUCAACCCAGAAAUGAACUUUGAAGUUUUUAUUCAUAAAGUUGAUGGUUUAUCAGAUGACCAUAAAAUAGAAACUCAGAGGGAUAUUCAUCAGAGGGCUAAUGAUGAUCUUACGGAUGCUGGGCUUGAAAAACUUCACCUUAGCUUUUAUUUGACCAGUAUCUAUGACCAUUCAAUAUUUGAAGCCUUCAGUAAAGUGGUACAGAAGCUCAUUCCGCAACUGCCAACCCUGGAAAAUCUACUUAAUAUCUUCAUAUCAAACUCAGGCAUUGAAAAAGCUUUUCUCUUCGAUGUAGUCAGCAAAAUCUACAUUGCAACAGACAGUUCCCCUGUGGACAUGCAGUCAUACGAGUUGUGCUGUGACAUGAUUGAUGUAGUGAUAGAUGUUUCCUGUAUAUAUGGGUUAAAAGAAGAUGGCACUGGAAGUGCUUAUGAUAAAGAGUCAAUGGCAAUUAUCAAGCUCAAUAACACAACAGUCCUGUACUUAAAGGAAGUAACAAAGUUUUUGGCAUUAGUUUGCAUUCUUAGAGAAGAGAGUUUUGAGCGCAAAGGUUUGAUAGACUACAAUUUUCAUUGCUUCCGCAAAGCCAUUCAUGAAGUUUUUGAAGUAGGUGUUGCCUCCCACAGGAUCUGCAACCAUCAAUCGAGCACCUCAAAUAUGAAAGCAGUGACUCACAAUGGCACACCUAGGAAUGCAGUCUAGAGGAAAGCUAAAGACCUUGGAUAUACUUGUCAGCUCUUCACUCCAAAGUUUUGUGGAACAAGAGAAGAGUAGUCUGAAAGCCUGAAGUAUGUUUCAGAGGAGAAGAGUGGUCCUAACUGUGGAACAGCAGAUAGUAACUCAUGUUGGGCAACUGAAACCACUGUGAAAAUACUUUGAGGCCAGUGGAGUUAGAAAUACCAGUUUGAAAUCAGCUAUAUUGCAAAUGCAGUAGGUUUUCAGUUUGGAGUCCUCUUUUAACAGUCUCUGUCUGACUGAUUGCUUGGUCAAAACUUACAAACAAUUGAGUUGAGUUUUGUGUGAAACACUGAGUAGUCACUUGCUUAACUUUUAAAUUUUUUUAAAAAAUUAAUCUGUAGAAUAUCCUCUUUUGCUUAAGUUUACCUCCUGUCACGCAAAAAAAAAAAGUUCGUGUUAUUAAGGCUUGUGAAACUCAGGCUUUUUGCUUGCUGAGGCCAGUCUCACAAAUCAUUCCAUUAAGUAGUUCUUGCUGGUGUGCUCAUAGUUCUCAUGAAUUCUGUGCUUGUUAAGUGGAUGCAAGAUAGAGCUCUGUUCUAGUGAUCAUGUGUUUGUUUAGAGAACUGACCUGGAGCGCCAUUUUAAGAGAUUGUGAUACUUUGCUUUCAGACCACACUUCUUGGUAUGUCGCCUUUGAUGGAAGGGAAGGAUUAAAAUCAGAAAUAAACUACCUGUUCUCUUUUGCAAAAAAAUGGAUGUCAUAAAUCUGUGUGAUUAAUCCUAUUCAUGAAACAGCUGCAUGGCUAACUAAACUGAAAUGUCUGCCAUCUGUUGGAAUAAAGCAACCACUUUCAGCUAUUCCCAAGCAAAGAAAUGACAAAGUUACUGACUUUUGAUGGUGGAUUUUUCUCCACUCUCUGACUGAUAAUCAAGACAAUUCCUAGCAAAAUGUCUGAGGGUGUUAUCUGUGCAUGACAAUUAAGUUCACUGUGCCAUAAUUUACUAAUAGUACUGGACUUCGAAAGUACACUGAUUCUGUACUAUGACAAACACCUUCUUGUUUAUUGCUGUGCAAUCUGACUAGUGAUUUUUCUGAUUUUGUGAAUUCUGCUGACCUUCAUACUACGGGCAGUAUAUCUGAAGUCUUUAAUUUACUGAUAUUAGUACUGCAGAUGUCAUACUGUACACCAGCCUCGCUGUGCAGUAAGCCCAGCCAGUGGCCCAUAAAGACCUUGCCUCCUUUUACCUGUCUCUAUGUGUGUGUAGGUGUUGCAAAGCCAUUGGACCAACUACACAAGUCCCACUAUAAAAGUUCCUGCAAGAUGAACUAAUUGAAGUGAUCCCCACAACUGGUGUAUUUAUGUGGUCAGAAAUAACCAUGGGAUUGCUUCUGUGCUUAUAGAAUGAAAUUCCAUUGAACUAUGUAGAAAUGAAUAUACUUGCAGUAACACUGGGGUGUAUGCACAUACUGCGUAGAUGUUUUUUUUACAGCAGGAAACUGGAAUUCAAGUGCUCUAGGUCUGUUCUCUUAAAUCUAGGCUGAGCCCCUUUUUGCUAAUGAAACUGCAGAGCUUUUUUUAAGGAAGUGCUGCAGGCUCAUAAGAUUGUUUUGUAGUUUGCAACCACUAUCACAGUUCAGAUUCUAAAGGUAAGAGGAGAAGUAAUUGGCAAAAUAACAGGAAGAAAGAAUCUCCAUUUGUGCAGUGAGUUUUCCAUGUUUUAAGUACGUGCAUAUAUUCUCUUUCUUUUCACCUACUACAGGAUUUUGUGCUAAUAAAAUGAAAAAAAAAAGUCAAACUGUAACACUAUUAUUCUUGUGUUUAUAGAGAAAAGUCUGUAAAGGCCUAUGUGGUUAAGCAAACUUUUAAAAGCUAUGUUAUCUUUAUGGUAUACUUAAAAACAGUUAAAUACCACAUUCCCAUUUAGUCAGCCUUAGCUUUUCCUCUUGAUUAAAGGCUGACUCAAAAUUGAAUACUCAAUUUUCAGUCAAUGACUUUAGACAGUAAAGGCAUAUAAGUGAUAGAGUGACUUGUCCUUUUCAUUAAUAGUGAGCUUUAGACUCUGUUCUGACAUUCUGCCUUCUGGUGUGCAUGUUGUGGUGUUUUGAUUUGUUGGGGGUUUUUUGGUAAUUUACCUUUUUCUUGAAUGGUUGCAUCUACAAAGGGAAAUGGUAGCAUCUCAAAAAACAAUACUGUCGUUUUCACUAUUACCUGCACAAUAUUAGCUUUAAAAGUUAAAUUUGUCUCUAGUAUGGAGUACAGUAUUUCUUUAGUUUACUGGAACUAGUCUUCUGAACUAAGUCAGAUGCUGUUAUACAAGGAGAGUGUCACUAACCUGUUGCUGCUUUAGUGAGACAGUUUUUGGCUUCUGAAAUUUUUAUGGUGCCAAGAAGGAGGAAGGAUAGGAAUAAGGUUUUAUUUUCUCCCUUGUGAAGGAACUUGUCUUUCCUUCCUGUGGUGACCCGUGGCAGGGAGAGAUCCUGUUAGAGAAAAGGGAAAGCAGUAUCACAGUAUCUCCAAUAAAAGAACUGAAAUUGUAGAGGAAACCAUAAAUUUGGGCUUCACCUUUCUGCCUUUUUUUUUUUCCUUUUUCCUCCUCUGAACCUGUUGUGGUGUGGAUGUUCUGCAAUUUUUUUUGCAAACAACUAAGGACAUGUCCUUUUAAGGAGAAAACCAGUGCUGACAGGGGAGGGAAUAGGGAAAAUGGUAACCCACCUGCCAAGAGAAGGAAUAAAAUUUCUUUCUGUUGAUGCUCUAAAGAUAGGGUGGAAAUAAAUCCCCAUAGACUGAUAUCUAUAGAGCAGGUACUUGUUUAUUGCAGCGCUGGUGGUGAGGGGGAUUUUUCCUCUUAACUCACCCACCUUUGUCAAGUGCUGUGGUAUAUUUAUACAGUAAAUUUUGCUUAAUGUUGCUAUGUCAUUACAGCAUCAUCACAUAUGCGCUGGAACUAAUUUAUAUAGCAUGAUCUCAUGGUUAUCAGAUAAUUCUUUGCACUGCGCAUGCAAUUCCCCAAUUCGGGGGUCUUCGGGGGUCUUUGAUGAAGGCUUCUAAAGUCUUCUUCACACUUGAACUUUUCAACUUUGUCUUCGGGGCACGUGCAGUUAUGAUGCUCUUUGGUCCAUCUCGUCUUAACUGGCCUAAAUUCUUUGUUUUGUGGCUAAUUGGCUUUGGCUUGCCAAUUUCUCAUUAGUACUACACUUAUCUAUCUCUAAAACUAUACACUUGGUAAGUUGUUUUUGUUUUUUUCUGUCUCUUUUUCUGUAUUCUGCAUACAAGCAACUAGUUACUAUAUACUAGCCAUUACAUUGUAUAAAAAAGUUAUUCAUAUCAGAUUAUAUGGGUAUCAAAAAUUAUGAUUCAGGUUAUAUAACCGUCAGGUUAUAGGUAUAGAAGUUAUGAUUCAGGCUACACAAGUAAAAGCUAUGAUUCAGGCUAUAUAUGUAUAGAAAGCUAUGCUUCAGGUUAUAUUGAUAGAAGUCAUGAUUUAGGUUAUAUUGAUAUUAAGGUUACAUAGAUAACCCAAGCUACAUAAGCACUUUCUUACUUUGACCUAAGUUAUAUAGACAUCACUGUUGAAGAAUAAAGCAAUCCCUUGCAAGGUACCCUUCAAAGCUUUGCAUUGUUUGGCACCAGGGAGCUGCUGAUGACUGGCUGAAUUUCCCGCUGACAAUUACACCAGCUGUAGCACAGGAGAGGAAUGGAGGGAAAAGCCAAACCUGGGAAGAGGGGGCAGAGUAACCAAAGGUGGUAUCUCUCUGCUGUCCUGAAGGUCUAAAUACGCCCAUCGUUUGGCUGGAAGACAGAGCCGUCUUUCUCCCCUCUCAGACCUCCCCAAAAAUCCCUCCUCACUGAGUCUCUUGCUCUCUACCUCACGGACAGCUGUCCGCGUGGGCCUGCACAGAGCGGGAUCCUGCCUUCACGCAGCGGGAAGCGAAGCGUGGGGGAAGCUCUGGUCGGCUGGCGGCCUGCGGCGAACGCCUCCCGCCGAAGCGCCCAGUGCGGCCGCUGCCAGAGUGCCGCCCGUCGGCUGCGGCUGGCGCAGCCGCGGCUGGCCCGGAGCACCGGUCUCCCCCGCCGCGGCGGCCCCAGGCAACGCAGGUCGCGCAUGUGGGGCCGGAGCGGAGUUUAGAUCGGCCGCUGCUGUUGCUGUGCGUGGUGGCGCGGGCAGGUUCUGGGCGGGCUCGGGGCGAGCGGCCGCGGCGGGUGGGCUCAAGACCGGCGACCCUUGGCCGUCACUUACCUGAGGUAAAACGCCCACGGAAGCUCUGCGUGUUGGCGCUUGUACCGGCGUGGCCCGAAGUGCCGGAGGCUGGGAAUACGCCGUCUGGCCCUGGCAGUGGCUGUUGUGACUUGGGAGUUGUCGGUCAGUUGGAGCGAGUACGGCCGGACACCUGUAGCCACUUCAAGGCAUCAAGCAUAUGGUGAAAAAUUUCUUUGCAUUGUUUAAAAAAGGAUCUAUAAAUUAUGCCUAACCAGGGCCCAACAGAUGUUCAAGAAAAUGUAACCGAAUAGGUAAUGCCUUUCUAAGUAUAAAGGGUACAUAUCACUUAAAAUAAAUAAGCAGCCAAUCAAAAACCAACCUUCAAAGCUGUGAAGCAGGCCAUCCAAGAUGAUAGGAAAAUAACACCAGAAAGAAUCAGCUUUGCAAUUUGAAUACAAGAUAACAGAGACUGAGCGUGUGACCAGAAGAAGUAAACAACCACUAUAGAGACUGUGUUCUUGAAUCUUGAAUCAGUAAAUAGCAGCAAAACACCAUAAAUGACAGCAAAUGAAUAACUAUGGAAAUAGGUGUAUUUAAGUAAAAUAUAUCCAAAACCUGUCAUGAAUAUGUAAUAACCUUUGUAAAUAUAAACUACUUGAAGUCACUAUUUCAAGGGGAGCACUCAUAGAAGGAAAAUCCCCAGUGCUUCCCUGGGGCCUCUAAUAAAGAACGCCUGCUUAAAGCU